AUGGAAGCCCUAGCUCAACUCCGCCAGUACUUCACCAAGGCAAACCAGUCGCCGCUGGAGAGAAAGUUGGUGCUUAAGCUGGACUUCUUCAUCUUGACCUUUUGCUGUCUGGCCUACUUCACUAACUACCUCGACCGCGCAAGUAUCACGCAAGCCUACGUCUCCGGCAUGAGAGAAGACCUCAACUUCAAGGGCGCGCAACUGACGACCGUGACAACGCUAUACGCAGUUGGAUACCUCAUCGGCAUCGUCCCCAACAACCUCCUCCUAACCACCUUCAAGCCCAAACGCUUCUUCCCGACAAUGAUCACAGUCUGGGCCCUGCUCACCAUGGCCAACGCCGCCGCCCGCAAGCCCACCGACCUGAUGGCCAUCCGCUUCUUCCAGGGCUACUUCGAGUCGUGCAUCUUCGCCGGAACCCAGUAUAUCCUGGGCUCAUGGUACACCAAGUCCGAGCUCGGCCAGCGCACAGGCCUCUUCACAGCCAGCGGCCUCGCAGGCGGCAUGUUCGGCGGCUUUCUCCAGGCAGGCAUCUACUCCUCCAUGAACGGCCUGCACGGGCUGCCGGGGUGGCGCUGGCUGUUCCUCAUCUCGGGGAUCAUCACGCUCCCUGUCGCGGCGUACGGGUACGUCUUCUUCCCGGAUACGCCGCACACAACGAGCGCUUUCUACUUCGGCGACGAGGAGCGCCAGCUCGCGCGCCAGCGCGUCCCGCUCAUCGAGUCCAACGAACCCAUCCUAACCCUGCGCUUCGCAUCAAGCCUCCUAAAAUCCUGGCCCUUCUACGCCUUCUGCACCCUCUGGAUCCUAGGAAACUGCUCCGAAUCCCAAUCCAACCAGUCCCUGCUAAACCUGUACAUGCAAGGCCACCCAGAGCGGCACUACACCGUCUUCCAGCUGAACAACUACCCCGCCGCCGUGCAGGGCGUCGGCGUGGCUUCCACACUCCUCUGGGCAAUCGGCACGGACAUCUGGGGCCGCCGCUGGCUUUCGGGGUACUACGUGGCACUUGUGUGCAUCGCGAAUGCAACCAUGAUCCUCGUCCCCUCGAGCAUCGCCACAAAGUUCGCGGCGUACUACUGGGCCGGCUCGAUCUACUGCAUCCAGACGACGUUCUUUGCCUGGGCGAAUGAUAGCAUGCGCACCAAGCCGCCCGCGCUGAGGGCCUGUGUGCUGGCUUGCAUGAAUGCCGCCGGGAAUUGCUUCCAGGCGUGGUGGCCGUUGAGAGGGAUGUACUCGAUGGUUGGGAUUGGGGCGGGGAUGGCGGUUUGGACGACGGUUUUGCUGUGGAAGGAUCGGAGGGAGGCGGGGAGGUCGGAGGUGGAGGUGGAGGUGCUCGAGGGUGUGGAUGGGGUGGAUUGCCGUGAGCAGGUUGAUGGGCCGGAUAAGGUAGGCAAGGCUGUUUGA